UUCCGUAUUAUAUAUUGAAUUUUACCGAAUAAACGUGUAUAAAUGAAGGUGUAUAUCUGAUGACAAAUCAUAACGACAGUGGACGAGCACCAUGCAUCUCGGAUACUAUGUUUUCUGUCUGUGUUGUGUUGUAUGCUUUUCAGAUUGCUCAGGCAUCCAAAAUACAAAUAAAGCAUGUAAACCCCCAUUCCACAGAUUUGCAAACAGUUGUUAUUACAUCAGCAGAGACCAAGUAUGGGGAGAUGAGGCGUUUGCUCGUUGUAUCAACAUCGGAGGUUACCUCGCCAACUUCGAGACAUUGGAGGAAGCCAUGCUGAUGAAACAAAAGUUAAAGAAAAUGAAUUCGGGUCUCCACUUCUUUGUUGGUGGAAGAAAUAUCAACAGGAGAAAACCAGGAGGGGAUUGGAGGUGGAUAAAAAACGGAGCUAUGACCAAAAUGACGUAUUUUGCUUUUGGCUGUGGCGAACCCGAUGGAAUUGACAGCCAGCCACAAGAUUGCAUGUUUUUUAACCCUUUCGAUUACCACAGAUUUCAUGACAUUCCAUGCGAUUUACAUUAGGGUGGUUAUAUAUGCGAGAAAUGAAUAAAGUGUCGCAUUUAAAC